GAAGAAGCAGGUAACCUACGGGGUGAACUGGGAGCUGGUGUCCAUCUUAUUUACAAACUCUUAAAUUAUUUUUCUGAUCUACUAGAGAUUUCCAAGAGGGCGAAAGCUGAAAUCACAGUCUUCAGACAUGAGCAGUUCAGAAGAAGUGUCAUGGAUCUCCUGGUUCUGUGGACUGAGGGGAAAUGAAUUUUUCUGUGAGGUGGAUGAAGACUACAUCCAGGACAAGUUCAAUCUGACUGGGCUCAAUGAGCAGGUUCCCCACUACCGCCAGGCCCUCGACAUGAUCCUGGACCUCGAGCCAGAUGAAGAGCUGGAGGAUAAUCCCAACCAGAGUGACCUGAUCGAGCAGGCGGCCGAGAUGCUGUACGGCCUCAUCCACGCACGCUACAUCCUCACUAACCGAGGCAUCGCACAGAUGUUGGAGAAGUAUCAGCAGGGAGAUUUUGGCUAUUGUCCCCGAGUCUAUUGUGAGAAUCAGCCCAUGCUUCCUAUUGGCCUGUCGGACAUCCCCGGAGAGGCCAUGGUGAAGCUGUACUGCCCUAAAUGCAUGGAUGUCUACACACCCAAGUCCUCCAGGCACCACCACACAGAUGGAGCCUAUUUUGGCACUGGCUUCCCUCACAUGCUCUUCAUGGUUCACCCGGAGUACAGGCCCAAGCGGCCCGCCAAUCAGUUUGUCCCAAGGCUCUACGGGUUCAAGAUCCACCCGAUGGCUUACCAGCUGCAGCUGCAAGCUGCCUCAAGCUUCAAGAGCCCCGUCAAGGCCAUCCGCUAGAGCCAGGAAGAGCAGGACGAUUCCUACGGAGCAGAGAGAGAGAGAGGAGUGGAGGAAAGAGUUAUGAUCAGAAGGAGAGGGGUCAUCUGCGUCUCGCAGGGCUUCUGCAGAUGCCCCCUCUCCCACCCUCAAGACUGUAUUAUUUUUGGUUUAGAUUAGGGCAAAUGAAAGAGUGUGAAGGGUUUUGAGUGUGAGCGAGACAUCAACACCCAGCCGUUAUCUUAACCACACACACACACACACACACACACAAACUUGGGUUUCCAUGCACGUCUCGCACCAAACUAACCUGUGCCGAAAGCAGAAGGCGAGGUGGACCUGGCUCUCCGCUGCUGCAGGUCACUCCCACCACGAGCACACAGUCCAGAGUUUAUCGGUGGGAGGCCGACAGUCGCACUCCUCUGUCUGAAAGACGGAGGAGUAGAGAAAAGGCACCGGCCGGAGCCGGUCGUCACGCCCGGCUCUGUGUUUGGCACAGUUUGGUGAAGAGUGAUGGUCAAGCCCCGCCCCCUCCCCAUCCGACCCCCUGACCCCCCCCCCUCCGAUGCAUGUCCACCCAGGCUGGCACUCGCAGAGACAGUCUGGACGCCGGCUCUUCUCUCUCUGUCAGUCUUGUCGUGAGAAUUUGGUUUGUCUGAAGUUUUGUGGAGUUGAUGCACAAAGCAAGUCCGUUAAAUUUGCCUUAAAGUACAGAGAAGCAGGAGGUUUUACUUUGGGGAAAAAGCCCUUUUCUUUUUUCUUUUAUCAGAAGGCGUAGAGUAGAAAUCGGUCGAUCUGUGGCGACUCUUUGGAUCGUCAGUUGUAACGAAGCCCGUGUCUUUCUCCGGCUGUCUGUGCGCGUGUCAAACUCCUGUCUGUGCCGGUCCCCACCUCAGAACAAAGCCUCUGCUGUUAUUGUUUGUUUUGUUGUUUGUUUUUCGAGCCCCCUCCAUAGCAGCAGGUUUUUUUUUUUUUUACUGUCACACAGCUUCGUCUCUGCUGCACAAGCUGUCCGACGUUUGGGGGAAAUAGUUUGAUUCCUUUACUGGCAGAGCAGAUGAGAUCAAUGCCGCUGUAGAGGAAGUUAACGGCAGCAGCCGCUCGGCUGACACCUCGAAACUCGCGUUCUUCAGAAUGUAAAUCCUUGAAUUAUGGAAAAAUAGCCAGUUAGUACCUGUUAUGUCAUCUGGGUCAAAUAAUUGGAUUAGGGUGUUGUGAGCAAGGUGUUCAUAUUUAUUUUCAAGUCCAGUUUGACGAACGUGGCGUGAGCUCUGUUCUCAGCUGUUUUAAUUAACCGAGCAGCUCCAAAGCUCUGCAGCCUGUUCCGGUGUUAUGGAGAGUUCUGCAAGGCUGCACAUAACAGUUUAGUUUAAUUUAAUGUUUAAGCUAUUUUAAAUUCAGCGUAUGUGAUUUUAUAAAAUGAGUGUGCCGUUUCUGAUCUGGUAUUGGAAGUUUCCUCUUAUUUACAUAACUUGAGCCUCUCGGGGAAACAUGUACCUUACACACGUGUUCAUCGGUUUAGAUUUAAUGGUUACAGUCUUGACUGAAUAAACCAGGGAUCACAAACCUGCUGAAUAAUGCACUCCCUCGUUUUCACUCGCUACGACACUGAGAAGUCCAACUGUGGUGCACGCACUUAUUCCAGGUCUGUUUCUGAGGAAAAUCAAUGAAGCAUUUCCUGCACACUUCAGUGAAGGGAUACAAUUCUCCACAGUCGUGCAGAACUCGGCGUAACACCGGGCUGUGAGUGGUUGCUAGGCAACCUCAUUAAAUAAACUGAACUACUGGUGUGUGAAUGCAGCUCAAACUUUUUUUAUCGGUGGUUUUUGUGUGAGUUAAAUCCACUCAAAACGCUUUAUAGCUCCUUUUUAUUAUUUUUUUUUAAAUUGAUUUCUGGCUGGCUGCAGUGUUGCAGCCCAAUCAUUGACCACAAACGGUGCUGUUGCAAGAAAAAAAUAAAAAAAGAACAAGUGCAGUCUUCAUAAAAUGUGAUCCGAUGUGUCGACCCUGGUACCACAUUCAGAGCAGCGUUUAACGUUCUAACUCAGCAAUAACUUCCACCUGGCUGAUCCAGCAGCUGCUGAUCAGACCGGCUUCGGACUGUCCUUCCUCACAGUUACUUCAGCUCACCGGACUCUGAAGAGGAACACAUCGUAUCAAUUGUUUCAGUUCCAGUGGAAGCAGUGGCUGUCUAAUUGAGCCACUGCUUCCCCUGGGACUGUCGCUCUUUAGUGGAUCUGUUCAGUAAAGACACGAGAUGUGGCAGCUGUAUGUUUGGUAUGAGGUUCGGCACAUAGUCUAUAAUUAUUUGUGACUUGGUCGGAUCUCAUUUGAGGAUCAAUUGAUGCAGAAAACCAGGAAAGUCCUCAUCAUUUUUUUUUUUUUUUUUUUAACCUCAAAAUCUGAAUCAUUUAGCUUUUAUUUCAUUUUUUCUGUGGGUUUCCAGGUUCUCUGCAAUUCACUUGAAAUCUGAGAUUAAAGUUAAUAGCAUGAAGCCUUUGUGCUCUUCUUUUUUUUUUAAUCUAAAAUGCACCAAUGCCACAAAUCAGAAGCAGUUCUGUGUUCAAAACAGGAAAUUCUGAAAACAUGCAUCCUGUUGAAACGAAAUAACCGACAGAUCAAAGUAGGGAGGUUUAGUUCCGACUGGACAGUAUUUCUGUGAAGAUCAGCUGAUCAUUCACCGUCUGCAGCUAUAGAUUUAACAGAAAAUGUCUUUCAUUGUCCAUCUGCUCUGCACGGAGUAUUCCCCCAAAAGUCGGCCUGCGUCUGUAGGGAUCGAGGAGACCCGGAGAGUCUAGACAAUCUGAAUCCUUCAGCUCACUCCACCUCGGCACUGAUCCUCCUGGUGCGUCUCCACAGCACAGUCUUUAUUUAUGUUGCGCUCCAGAGACAGACCGACCGGCCGCUCGUCUUUCAGCGUGGCAGAAGAUGAGCCGCCCUCCCUCCACUCGCCUUCCUCCCUCCCCUCGGUGUGGCUGCUUUAGACUUUAGUCGUUCGGGUUUUCAUGAAACAGAAAAUUGUAUUUAUGUGUGCAGAUUUUAACUUUUGUCUCUGUGUUCGUCUUUCUGCUAGUGUGGGAGGGUGAGCAAGGAUCCAGAAUUCUCAAUAAACUUCUAUUUUCUUUUCAUA